AUGGCCGACUUUGCACUUGCCCUCGAGGGUGUUCCGGACGAGGCAGUGGAAGUGAACCAGCGAGCACUGAUCGACAAAGUGCUAGCAAGAUAUUCUGGCGAAAAUACCGUGUUCAGAGAACUCCUGCAGAAUGCCGACGAUGCCUCAGCUAGCUCGGUCGAAAUCAAGUUCUUAUCAAAUGCUGCCACAACUUCAAAUUCGACCCAACCUGCCAGCCAACCAAUCACUCCAUCCUCCAGUUCUGCCAGUUCAUCAUCAACCUUACCAGAUCUGACCACUCACAAGAUAUCCCGAGUCCUCGUGAGGAAUAAUGGGAUCCCGUUUCGUGAUCAAGAUUGGGCACGACUGAGAAAAAUCGCCGAAGGAAAUCCAGAUGAAUCAAAAAUUGGCGCUUUCGGGGUUGGUUUCUACGCACUGUGGUCGAUAUGUGAUUCUCCAAUCGUCUUGUCGGGACCUUCAAUCAUGGGCUUUAACUGGAGUACCAAGAAUCCUGACCAACUGGUCACCCGUCGAGGUAUCAACCCAAGCCCUUCAGAAUGGACCUCGUUUAUCAUGGACGUUCGAUCUCCCUCUCCAAUGCCACCUCCGUUCGAGUUUUCAAGAUUUCUGGCGACCAGCUUAGCAUUCACCACCCAAAUCAGAUCUGUUAGCUUGUACUUUGACGACCAUCUGAUGUGCAAGCUAAACAAGAAACUCGCCCCACCUCAGAUCUUAUCAACUCCUUCAAAUAUCACUCUGUCUACCUCAUCCUCAAUGAUGAAGAUACAAUCAGUCGAACAGACUAGCGUGCAGAUCGAUACUGACAUCCUCAAAUGGACCCUUCAAUAUUCAAAGCCCAAGUCUAAAUUAGCAAUCAAGAACGCUGCCGUGGCCGCUGCAACCUCCACCUCUUCCUUUGCCUCGAGGAUGCUAUCUGCGUUUACCAAAACGCCCUCAUCAGUACCUACCCCUACUACAAAUCCCUCUACCCCCAAGGAUUCAUCGUCAGAACCUUCGAGCCAGCUGUCCACCUUGAAGGCCUCUGUUUUCCUACGAGUCGUGACCGGUAACAUCAAUGUUUCGAUCCCAUCUGCUUUCAGAGCCGAGCUCGAGAGAGCUACCAAGAAGCCACCGCCAAAAAAGACUCAAUAUGCCUUGAUCUGGACUAACAAAGACGAAUUUGAUGCAGGCAAGGACCUGAGCAGCUCCAAAUCUGGCCUUUCAAAGCUGUUGAGCGGCGAUGAAACUGCGCGGGCAGUAUUCGAUGGUCUAAUCUCCGACCUAGACGUUCAAGGACGAGUCUUCAUCGGCUUUCCCACACAUCAGACCACCGGGUUCUCAGGCUCAGUAGCCGCAAGGUUCAUCCCAACCGUCGAACGAGAGUCCUUGGAUUUACAAGCAAAAUAUGUUGCUGAUUGGAAUAAGGAGCUACUCGCAAUCGGUGGGAUUCUGGCCCGGGUAGUUUACGAGGGAGAAUUGAAGGAGAUCGAAGGCCUAUGGAAAAACACUGAUGACGAAUCCAAACGAAGUCAGCUUACCCUCCGCGGAUUACAUGCCAUGCAGUUCUUCUCAUUCUAUGCAUCGACCCCCGCUGGGGCGGUAUCCUUCGAGUCUGAAGAGAGUUUCUUUCGCUGCGAUCGUCAGCGUUCACUGACAGUCCCAUCGAGCCUUGGACCAAUGUCGGCCAAUCAAGUCCGUCUACCGAACGCAGAAUUGAGUGGAUUUAUCAAAAAUGUACCAUUAUUGCCGAACGAAAUCUCGAAAGAUGGUCAUCUACUGAUAAGUAAGCUGCGCGAUCGACGGAUGAUUUCAGAAAUAACACUUGAGGACGUCUUUAAAGAACUAGAAAACAGAGUUCUAAGUGUCGACGAGAUGCGAGAGUGCUUGAAUUGGUGGAUCAGUUUGACUGGCAUCCAGGGGUAUGAUAGGUCACUCUUGAAGAGGUUCCAUAGAUGUGCAGUUUUCAAAUAUCAAGCAGCGGAUUCAACUCAGCACGCGUCCAAAGAACAACCAGAUACAAUCAUGUCCCUCAGCGAAGCCUCGACGUUCAUCAACAUCAAAUUGAUCCCCACUGAUGUGCCCCUCCCGGCCCACUGUCUGCCGUUUUGUUUGACGAAAUCAAUUAACGCUGAUGCAUUGAAACGGGUAUUUGGGUUCCGGGAGCUGAAUAUCUUGGAAUUCACGACCCACCUCUUCUCGCCAGAGAUGAAGGGUACCGAUCGGAUCACUGAAUCUCCACCGCUAGCCGAGCAACUGCUGAACAUUCUCUGCAAAGCUUGGACAAGCUUAACCAACGAUCAGAGAGCCGAGAUUGUUACUUAUCUCAGCGAUAAAGCCUUUGUUCCUACUCGACAUGGAAUGAGGAAGCCUUCAGAUGCUUACCAUUCAAACAUCACCUUAUUUAAAGAUUUGGCUGUGGUUCUUUUGCCCAGUGGCACGCCAGUCAAAGGAACAAUGACUAAAGUACUGUCUGAUAUUGGGGUCAGGAAGCAUGUUGAGCUACAAAUGGUUUUCUCGAGGUUAUUAGGAAGCGGUGAAUGGAAUCAUGCCGACUUGGUCAAGUACUUAGUCAGCGUCAGGGAUACCUUAACGGAUUUCGAGGUUGACAAACUAAGACAAACCAACUGGCUUCCUAAGGAAGGCGAGCCCAAAGUUGUACCGCCACCAGGACCGGAUGGAAAAGCGCGAGAGCCAAAGACGAUCAGGUACUCUGCCAGUCAGUUAUACGAGCCCUCAGUUGCUAAUCAAGAGCUUCAGCUACCAUUGGUCGAAUGGCCUGGUAAGUGGCGCUCCACGUCGGAGGAAGCUAAGCUGCUGUUUUUCUUGGGCUUGAACAAGAUGCCAAGUAUCGAGGCCUUGUUGAACCUUGCCGCCAACCCAAAAGACGCUCAGCUCAGGGAAAAGGCCCUCCAGUUCUUCCUCGAGCAUUUUGGCGAUUAUCGGGCCGCUUAUCGUCCAAGUCCUGAUAUGCCGGCCUUCGUACCCUGUGAAAGUGGUUUAUUCAAGCCUGGUGAUGCCUACUCCAACCCUGAAGCCGCCGUGAUGGGCUUCAAUGUACUUCAGAAUAAAUACCUCUCUGAUUAUCAAAAGUUUGGUCUCAAGCAAAACCCAGAUCCACAAGAACUGUUAGAUCGACUACUGAAGCAGACACCGCCUGAUCCUAAGAAGGCCAAAACCGUGUUCGAGUAUCUCUCUACGCGAGUCGCAGACUUCUCUCAGUCGCAACUGCAGACUUUGAAGCAGGCUCAAUUCGUACCAAUAUCUGGGAAAGAAGUCACUCAUGUUGCACCAGGAGGAUGUUUUUUCCAAUCGACAGAUUCGGCAAACCAGGGGCCUUUCAAGAGUCUGUUUACCUACAUCGACUUUGGGCCGAGCGCUCGUCCGUUUUUGUUAGCAUGUGGAGUCAAGAACGAGCCGACUGUCCAGGAGAUCGCCCAGAUGCUCAUCGCCGACCCCGCCAAGUUUUAUGCCCUGGCCGGCUCCGCCGAAGAAUAUCUUCAAGUCUUACGAAACAUCGCCGCUAAUUUUCAUCUCCUCGGCCACGGCCUCAGGAGGGCCAUGCAACGCUCCGCCUUUAUUCUCGGCUCGAGGAGAGUCGCUUCUUCGUCCGGCUCAAGUUUAGUGGCCAAGCCUCAGACCUUUACAGAUGAGGACGAGGAGAUAGAAGCUGGCCAACCUUUUGUCCAUGUCUUGGCUCUUCCAGGCGAUGUGGUCAUCAUCGAUGACUCACACUCAUAUUCGCAGUUUACUACAGUAAUUAUUGCUUGCCCUCAAGAAGCAGUAUUCGAACAGUUAGCCGAGGCUUUGGGUGCACCCAGGCUGACACAACUGGUGAAAGAAUCCUUUCAAAUCCAACGAUCAGCCCCGGAACGCACCGAAAGAUCAGAGGAGAUACGAAGAUUGCUGGUCGAGCGGACGGCGCUCUUCCUUCACGAGCGACAAACAGGCGCAAGAGAUGAUGUGAUCAGAGAUGCUGAAUGGCUGAAGCGCCACUUGACCGUCAAAUCCGUCGAACAAGUCUCUCUACAACGCCAACUGGUCUAUCUCGGCAAGCCUCAUUCAAGUGUCUUGGAGGCUACCGCUGCUGCUUCUAUGGAAGGCCGCAACUCGAUGGUCUUGUAUUUGGUGCGGAAGGGUGAGAUCGAUUGGUUUGAGCUCGCUAGCUCAAUUUGCAAAUUGAUCUUGGCGCACCAAAAACUAAGUGACUCUUUAUUUUUCAUGACGAUCCUUCAAACUAGUUUGAAGAAUCUUAAAAGGCGAGGGGUAAAUGUAGAUCGGAUUAUCAAUGCACGGAAGGCGGAGCGAGAUGCCGCACUACAACGAGCACGAGAAGAGAAACUGCAACGACAGCUGGAUGAUGCGAAUGCGCUUACCCCUGAACAAUUGGAGAGCCAUGCGAGAGGGCUAGAGGAGCGCUUUCCGGAUGCCGAUCCAGGGUUCAUCCGGAAGGCGCUCUCCGCAGAGAAGGAAGACCAUCGGAAGCGAGUAGAGGAGAAAUUCGCACAUGGUGCCUACGAAAGGCGGCCUGUCGUCUCACCCCCUCUUCCGCCCCCCAAGAUGCCUGAAAUUUCUCAGAGACAGAGUGGAAUCUUUAGCGCCUUGCGCCGGAAACUCUUGAAUGAAAACAGCUCUAAUGACCCUCCUCCAUAUUCUCCUCUCUCUGCGGCACCAUCAGCCCCUAUUCCCUCGCCCAUCGCCUCUCAAUCGAUCUCUCAACAAUCUCAAGUCGCCAAGCCUCCUGCGAUCAAGCCCCCGGUCCAAAUCACACCGAUGUCGGAUAUACGAAGCAACUUGUUAAAGGCGAUCAACGUGUCCAAACCGGACACAAGCGCCGACAUCCGGACGCUCCCGGACACCAAGCCAGUGAAAGAGUCCGAGGCGAGCUACUGCGACCCCAAAGGCAGCCGGGAGGACCUCACCUUCUUGAGCACGAUCUCCGGCUUGAGGUUCUACGUCUCCCGCUCAAUCGACCAACAUAACCUCAACGGCGAGUUGGUCUUAUUUCAGUUCGGUGACGCCAUUGUUCGUUAUAUCGAUCGCGUCAUCAAACCUAUCGGUGAAAUAUUCGACAUCGAUCCGAAUAGCUUGCAUAUAUUCUACGAUUUGGAAGGUCCUAUUAUCGCAUUCAAUAGAAACGGAAGUUUAUUUUUUAAUUUGAGAUACUAUCUAUCAUGGUAUGACGAGGAAGUCAAGAAAGGAAACCUGUCAAAUGCUUUGAUCGGUACAUUUUCAACCUUUGCUCAUGAACUAGCUCACAACUUGGUCGAAGCGCAUAACUCUGAACACGAGGUAAGUUUUAUCGAACAAUACUUCUUAAAAGUCUCAACAUAUAUCGUAUCUAAUCAAUCUGGUGGUAGUAGUACUACUCAAUCCGCAUCAUUGAUUUGA